AAAGUGCUUGGAUCACAUAUGGGCUUGCUGUGAUCAAUCGGGUCGUAGAGUGCAUAACAGACGCAGUGGGUCAGAGAAGGGAAAUCGCUGGUGAUUGGCUGAAAUGAAUGUUGUGAUCAAAGGUUGUAAUGCAUCUGUACGUAACAUGUAGAUUGCAUACAGGUGCAAUAAAUGCAUAAGACUAACACAAGAGAGCAUAAACACGCAGAUGCUGUGCCAGUGAGGAGACAGGAAGCAGUGAUUCCAUGGUAGGGAUGCGAAUCCAUUUCAGGGCACAGCGACAGGAGGAAAUCUGCAUUCCAGCAGGACAACAUGCGAUUCUACAAACAUAGUCAGGGAUGGGAGUUAUAUGAACAAAAGGGGGAAGGUUUGAGUGACCUCUGCUGGUUUGAUCAUGUCAUGACUGUUGAAAAGCAGCACCAAUGGAACUGGAAUUGUCCAGAGAAGUCAUGGUCCGACGUUAUAGGACAGCUGUGGGGAAGGUAACGUGGAAUUCCUCCAUCUGAUUGGCUGAUUGCUGGAAGUCCCCUUGCGGAUGUCAUGGUCUCUCAUCAAAUGAAGUGGAAUGAUCUGCAGCUACAGGUCAUCGGGGAUGGUCAGAAGCACGUUGUUCUUCAUCAAGUCCUUCAGAAAGUGGAGCAUCUUCAUUUCCUCAAAGCGAAAUGGGUCAUGGUGAAGUCGGGUUUUUCCUCUGAUUCUUUGGUUACCUCGCUGCAAAAACUUUCCCUUCAACCUGAGGUUUGAUCUUUUGUAAUAUUAUUUCAACUUAAUAUAUUUUGUGGCUACAAUCCUCCCCACUCAUUUCAGUUCCGUAUGAUUUAUGCAAAAAUUUCCCUUCAAAAACCUCAACUUUUUGAUAAGGAUGCAAUUUGACCUACUGAAUGAUGUUGUUCUCGGUGACCAGUACAAUUUAAGCGGAUUUAGUGUUUCGAUUGUUUGGAGGGUGGGGUUAAAAUUUGAAUUCACGCUUUUUAGAAAUAUUUUUCCCCUACAUUCCAUUUCUUUGUCAUAUAAAUUCGACUGGAAGACAUAGCUUCAUACAAACACUUCUUAUCAAUCUUUCUGAUGUCCAAAUUAAUUUGUGAUCAGAAAGAGAAUAAUUCCACACAGUUCUAUGGACUGGAAUACAAGUAAACAUAUUUAUUUUUUAUACAAAGUAAAUGUAAAAAAAAACAGUUAUUAAUAUAUAUAUAUGCCUAAUACUGCCUAAUACUUAGAGCUGGAAAGUAGUACUCAACUGGUUGGUUGAAAAAAAUCUUGGUCUGGAUUUUUACUGAACUAUCCACCCCUGCAAAUAUGGUUUUCUGGGGUUACAGACAGAGGUGAGUAGUUCCGGUCCAGAGAGUGAAAGUCCAGACCAAGAUUUAGUUUCAAACACCCAGAGUACUCUGUUUCUGUGACUCUUUAUACUCAACUGGUUGGUUGAAACAAAAUGUUGGUCUGGACUUUUACUCUCUGGACUUGAAUUACCCACCUCUGGUUACACAAUUAUUGAAUUAAUUAACAACCUAAAAUCAAGCAAAGAAGAUUCCAGUAUAAAAAAAAUAGAUUGACACAUAUCAGUGAAGGAGAAUUGCGGUAAUGCCCUGACAAAAAAGAUGUAAUAUAUUUUGUGUAAUUGUGCACUCCAUUUGUCUUAUAGUUGGUAGAACAUUCUUUUGCUUGGAUUACUUACAUAAAUCUUUUUGUUAGGUGUCCAGAAGUAUAGCACAACUGGAUUUGGAAAUAUAGGUCCAUUUGUCCUCACCAGACCAUCAAGCGCCGACAUAGUUAUAUUAGAGAGCUGGGGGGGUCUGCCCUCUUCAAAGCACAUGCAGGCCUUUCAACAGGCCUGAAGUCAGCCUGCAGACUUGGUUACUGCAGGAGGUCUAUGUUUGUGUUCUGCAGCCACUCCACUGCUGGCUCACUGUCAUGUUGGAGAACUAACUUUUUUAAAAACGUCUCUCCCAGUUCCAGUUUUCUGACCGGGGGCAACAAGUUGUGUCCAAGAGCCGGUGUUUGACACAAAUUUUUGACCCUCCCACAGACUCCAGGAGAGAAAGCAAAGAGAUGAAGAUAAAAAGAGCGAUUCUGUGCUCUUGAGUGACUGAUCUCUGAGGGAUGAAUCAGGUUCAGUUUUGAGACAUUUUGCAUUGAGGCCACAACAUUCGUAGACCACAAACGCAUUUUUCUACAAAGGACCCGAAUCUCCGGUGUUCUUUUGCAGUCUUCAGUGUAGUACUUCUUCUUGGCAUCCUCAGAUAGAGCUGACAUGUGCAUAGAGCCUGUGAUGUGUUUAUACGACGAUUAUUGUUGACCAUUCUUUGGUAAACGUUCCUUUAAAGUGGCCCUUAUGGUCUCUAUAAUGGUUUGUGGCCCAGCAGGUUAGACUGCUGUGUUAGUGAUCAGAUGGUCACCAGUUUAGAUACUGUGGCUGGCAGAUUGGUUUUACCACUGAGCCUUGAACAAGAUCCUUAACCCCAAUUGCUCCAGGGCCAUCUCUGCUUUUUCAACUGUAUCUUGCUUUAGAUAAAAGAGAAGAGUUAAAAGAUAAAAGAGUUUCUGCCUGGGGUUGGUUUGACCUAAUCUACUAAAGGUCUGGUUAGUGCCUUUGACUUUUCACGAACUUCAUUCCCUCCCCCCCUCACAUUUAUAAAAAUGAGAAAUUAUUUAUCUAGUAAAGUAUAAAAUAAUGAACGAUAUCACCAAAUGCUGCUCGAAUGUGGUGCCCACACGAGGCGGGGAUUUCAUGACAGAGCUGCGGCGUCAGCUUUCCCGCUGACCUACUUUUCCGGGAAUCGGAACGUUUUGGGUUCGGGUCUCCAGAAAGUCUUGUAGAAUUUCCAGCCACUGAACGUGUUUAUAAGGGCUUGGAAGGGGCCGGGUAGCUCAGACAGAACAAAGCACUGAUCGACGCAAUCUAGGGGACGAACAUCUGAAGCGAUGGCAAAGUUCGCUGUGAUCAUUCCGACUCUGCUUGUCCUUCUGGUGGCACUGGUUUCUCUGGGGGAGAUGAGAUCUGCGCAGUGCUGUACGAGUUACAAUGAGAAGCCAGUUCCAGUGAGCAUGCUAAGGGACUACAUUCCCCAGAGAAUUACAGGAUACUGCAACAUCAAUGCAGUGAUCUUCUUCACAAAUAAUAAGAAAAGGGUCUGCGCCAACCCCAAAGACAAAUGGGUACAGAAAGCCAUGAGUAUAAUCGAGAAUGCAGGUGACGGCGAUAAGCUGAGCUGCAUCGGGGGCUUCCUGCUGGUACCGAUGGAGCCGAGCGGCAGCCUGUUCAUCGACCCGGACUUCGCACCGGCCGACUGCUCCCUGUUCUCUGACUGCAGCACUCCCAUCGCCAGACUACAGGGGGCGGUAGAAUGGAUGCGCCCGCAGGAAAUCUGCUCGUCGCCCAAACUGUUCCCGGAGAAUCCCAAGGAAGGUCACCCAAAGCAAGGCAUUCUGGGAGACUGCUGGUUCUUGUGUGCCUGCACCGCGCUGCUGAAGAACAAGCACUUGAUGGACAAGGUGUUUCCUCCAGGACAGCCGCAGUGGGGUGACCGUAGCUAUAAGGGCAAGUUCCGCUUCCGCUUCUGGAGGUUUGGCCGCUGGGUGGAUGUCCGCGUGGACGACUGUCUGCCCUGCCUGAGCUCCCGGCUCUGCUUCUCUCACUGCCAGUCUCCCAGCGUGUUCUGGGUGCCAUUACUGGAGAAAGCUUACGCUAAGCUCCGUGGCUCUUAUGAGCGGCUGUGGGCUGGACAGGUGGCUGAAGCCCUUGUAGACCUCACUGGGGGACUGGCUGAGCAGUGGAGCCUGAAGGACUCUGGGAAUGAGGAAGACCCACUUGGACAGACGGACAAGGGAAGACGGAGGCUUGAUCUUGACAGUCUUCAGGCUGUGAAAGGCUUAUGUUCGAUCAGUGGCUCUGUGCACAGUGCCCCUGGUGGUGCCAGCGAGCUCGGGCAGCACCACGCACUCAGCGUGAUGGAAUGGAUCGACCUACCGGUGGCUUCCGGUGCAGCGGUGCGUCUGCUGAGGGUUCGAAACCCCUGGGGCCGGCCUACCUGGGGAGGUGCCUGGAGAGAAGGUGGGGAGCGUUGGGAACAAAUGGACCAAACCUGCGCUCUGGACCUACUGAGCCGUACAGAGGAAGGAGAGUUCUGGAUGGAGGAGGCGGAGUUCCUAGAAGAAUUUGAUGAGGUCACAGUGGGCUAUCCAAUCGGCAGCCAAGGAUUUAUUUUAAGUAUUUAUACAGGCUGCGAGUUGCCACACAGCUAUCAAAUAGGCAGCUGUUGGAUCAAAGGUCACUCUUCAGGCGGUUGCCGUAACAACAGUAGCUUUGGCAGCAACCCAAAGUUCUGGCUGCAAAUGAAGGAUCCGGGGGAGGUGCUGGUGUCGCUGCUCCAGCACCGAUUAUGGAGGAACUCUGCAGACUCUAAGGGGUGCAUCGACUCUGUAGGACCACAAGGGGGCAGCAGAGGGCCUGACUUCCAGCACCAUGCCAUUGGACUUCACAUUUGGAAGGUUUUAUUUACUUAUCAUAAGUAUCGUAGAACUUACACAUAUUUGGGUACAAAGCAAGUAAUUUCAGUGUUGACUUGGUUAAUAAGGUCAUUCUUAUUGUAUAAUAUUUUUCUCAAACCCCGUCCUGAGAUGACCCUGCUUUUAAUUCAUGAUUGUGGUAAUGGAGUUUGUGUACGUGUUUCUUCUUUUCAGGUGGAGAAGAAGCAUUUUAACCUGGUUCGAACCCUGAACAAGCCGGCCAGUGUGUCGACACACUGCCACGCCUACCAGCGUGAGGUCAGCGUGUACGCAGGUCUCAGCGCGGGCGCCUACCUCGUCGUCCCCAGCACCUUCCUCCCGGGGGCGGAAGCCAGCUUCCUGUUGCGGGUUUUUUCCUCCGCGGCCCUCGUUCUGAGCCUAGUAGAAGCCCCUGGGGUCCCGCCGCUGGCGGUGCCGGAUGGGGAGUGGGAGAUCCACUCUUCCCAGGGGUCCUGGGUCCCGGGGCAGUCUGCAGGCGGCAGCCGUAACUUCCCCUCCCACUGGACGAACCCACAUGUGCUGCUUCUGGUGAGCCUGCAGUGUGAGGAGCCCAAUGUGAGGGUCAGCCUCCGGCAGCACGGCCCCCCCAGCGCCUUUCUGCCCAUCGGCUUCCACAUCUAUCAGGUUCCCGACGGGUUCGUAGAACCCCGCAUCACCCAAGGCCAGGAGCCCCAGGCCAGCUGCGUUCCACACUGUUACACUCAGGAGGUCAGCCUCCAGUGCAGCCUGCCCCCGGGGGCCUACGCUGUCGUCCCGUCCACCUACCAGCCGGACAGUGAGGGGAACUUCACCCUCACCGUGUCCCGGAAGAUUCUCAGGAAGGUGGUAAUGAGCCAGGAAUCUCUGGGGAAUGUUGUGCGGGAGACCUCUUACAUCUCCGUGAUGCGCAGCUAGGUCGCUGACAUGAAUCCGGCCCUUGGCCCGAGAUGAAAGCUUGACCCCCCCCCCCCCCCCCCCACAAUGUGCCGCACC